UCUGGCUAGACUGGCUGAGACUCGGCCGAGUGACAUGUGAGAUGCCCAACGAUGCAUACUGAGCCACGGAAGUUUGAAAAGUUGUCUUUUCGCACGGAGCUCGCGGCGAGGGCACUCGGGAGUCACAGCAGCUGUGCGCCCAUGAACCAGGCUGAACGUGUUUGUUUCUCUGCAUCCCAUUGGAAAGUCAUUUGAAAGAGUCAGGAGGAGACUGGAACCGCCUCGCUGCUGUGCCAGGGGAGAUCCAUUAGUCUGCCUGUGUUGGAUUUACCAGAGCUCAGAGGUCUUACACCUGGAAUCUGUAUAGUUCUUUAGAAUUUUUUAACAACUUCAACAGCGUUAUUAAGUGAUUUGAACAUUUUUUGGAUAAUAACCUGCGCUGCAAAGUCACUUUUGGAUGACGUUGGAUCGGAAUUACGCACGGAAAUUCCUCUAACAAAUGACAGCUUCCGAGUGGUUUGCUGCUCUCCCACUGCAUCCCCACAGCUCCCUCCAUCGCACCGGUCAACCGCGUCGCCACCUUCGCUGGGUCGGACGCGGGGAGUGAAAGCCUCACCGUCUCUUCCCGUGCGCCAAAGCGUGCGGCCGCGGGCCACCAGGUCGAGGAUGUGGGGAGGAGGGCUCCCGGCGUCUCUAACCGUAAUUGUGACACUCCUCCUGGUCCUAAUCGACGUGGAAGCGAGCGGGGAGUACUGCCACGGCUGGCGCGACUCGCAGGGCGCGUGGAAAGAAGGCUUCCAGUGCCCGGAGAAGAUCGACGGAGACGACGCUAUCAUCUGCUGCGGGAAAUGCGAGCUGCGCUUCUGCUGCUCCAGCACGGACGCGCGGCUGGAUCAGGGCAGCUGCGACAACGACCGGCAGGCGCAGGAGCCCGGGACAGAGAGCAAGGAGAACAAGGACUCUAAUGCAGUACCCAUCUAUGUGCCGUUCCUGAUUGUGGGCUCGGUGUUUGUAGCCUUCAUCCUGGUGGGAUCUGUGGUCGCCGUGUGUUGCUGCCGCUGCCUCCGGCCCAAACAGGAACUAUCAUCAGGAGGAGCGACAGGAGGCGGGGCGAGCGGCGGGCGCCUCUUGGAAACCAUCCCUAUGAUGGCCAGCACUUCUAGAGGCUCCUCGUCCCGCCAGUCCAGCACAGCCACCUCGUCCAGCUCCUCCGCGCCGCCGGCCGCACCCCGCCCUGCUCCCCCUCAACUCCUGCGGGCCCAGGCCUCCUGCUGCCUGCCGCCCGACGCCAGUGUCUUUGUCAACAUGCCCACCAAUUUCUCGGUGCUCAACUGCCAGCAGGCCACCCAAAUCAUGCCCCACCAGGGACAGUUCCUGCACCCGCAGUACAUUGGCUAUGCCCACCCUGCACAGGCCUUCCUGGACCCUACCCAGGGAGGAUACAGGCCCCUCCAGUCCCCGUGCCCUCCUCCCACCGGAGGGUCGAGUGUCACCAGUGACCAGAAAUACCCUCCAGUGACAGUGUGAUGAGGGGCCAGCAUGCAGACCACUCUGCCACUUUCUUGUGAAGACUAAGUUGUGAAGUUUAACCUGUGCGGGCUGCGCCAGAGAACCUUUGGGGACGCCGCCAGAGUGGAAAAAAGAAAGGCAGGGAGUCAAACUCACAUGAAGGACUCAUAUAGCCAUUGCUGGCAGCAGGGCCUGCCUUACUAUUGUGUGUGUUGUGUGUCUGUUUAGUGCGUCAUACGACCUCUUGCCAAGUUGGAAUGAGCUAAGCUCAAGUCUGUGGAUGGGGCACGAUGACUGCAUAAACAAUUUUCUGUCUUGAUGCAAAGAUUAAACUGCAUAUUGGAGAGUUACACUGCCCAGAUGGGUGGUAAUGCACAGCUAACUGCAGCUCAAAUUAAGACCGUGCAUGUGUUUGUUUGCAUGUGUGUGUGUGGGAGAGUGGGGGGAAAAAGGUUUGUUGGCUUGUAUCUGCUUGAAUGAAUGACGACUGGCUGAUUUACAGCGGUGGAGUGUAUGAACAGUGGUUUUAUUCACCUAAAACAAAACAAAAAUAUGACCACAUGCUGUGUUUAUGCCAUGUGCACGUGAACGGUUGUGAGUGGUUUACACGAUAGUAUUUGUGUUGAAAGUAUGAGGAAAGAAUGAAUGUGAGAAGAUGUUUGUGCUGUACAUGUGAGAGUUUGGGAGCGAGUGUGUGAAGUGUGGAGGGAUGUGGUCGUAUGAGUAACUGUGAGUGGACUGUGUGUAAUGGGAAAUGCAGGUGGUGCGCUGUGAAAGGCAGUUGCGAGUCUCCCUGCAGACCAUUUAAACUGUAAUGAAGUGAACACAGCACACAGACUGUGACGCUCCACCCUACUAUGCGGCCUCCCUCCUGCCACCCAAAAAGAAUAAACACAACCCCCCCCAUCUGAGCGGAAACACACGGACACACAAAAAAAAGAAGACAAAUUUUCACGUGGGGCCCGGCCGUUAACGUGCCCGACUAGUGCGAGUUUGUGACGGAGAAGAAGUGAGAGGCAGCUCUCUGAAGAUUACAGUUAAUUAUACAGCGAAAAAUAACAAAUGCCCCCCUUCACUUCUCUCCUGAGAGAAGUGUGUGUGUGUGUGUGUGUUUGCAUUUAACACUCCCACAGUUCCAGGGCAGAGCUCUAGGGCAGCUUUGAGUCAUUAUUUUCCACUUAAGAAAAGGCACAGAAAUGGCAGUUUAUCGGUUGUUAAGAAAUGAAUAAAUAAAAAAAAAACCCUGAAACCUGCACAUUUCCUCAGCCGUCCUGCUGUUGUGCAGUUGGUAACUCACAAGAAACAAUGACAUGCAACUUGAGAAGUGUGUCUCGACUGAGGGCACAGCCUGAGCUGUCCCGCUGCAGUAAUACCCAAACCAUGUCCGUGCACCUCGUCCCUACUCCCAAGCACCAGUGACCGUGAGAUGCAGUGGGCUGCUUGUGUGAGUGUGACAAAGUGUGAGCGUCUGUCAAACGGUGGAUGAAAUGUUGUAUGUCCGCCUCUGUGAAAUACAGUGGUUUGAUCCAGGAGUGACACUUUUCAUAUGAAUUCAAAAAAAAAGGUAAAAUAAACAACUUUUAACAAAACAGAAAAA